UGGCUUUCUUUCCCGCCAAUACUCAAAAUGAAAUCACUGUUAGACUGCGCCAAGUUUCAAACCAGUAUCAUCAAAUCGGGUCUAACCCCAAGAAUCAUUGAUGUCAACCAUCUUAUUCAUAUAUACUCAAAGCACUUUCUUAUUCAUGAUGUCCAGAAAGUGUUCGAUGAAAUGCCUGAAAGAAAUAUUUUCACUUGGAAUGCUAUUAUAAACACCUAUGUUAAAGAUCAAAACUUUGCUAAAGCAAGAUCGCUUUUUAAUGCUGCUCCCUUAAAGGAUUGUGUGACAUACAAUACAAUGCUGUCUGGUUAUGUCAAUUCUGAAGGAUUUCAGGAUCAAGCAGUUCGAUUAUUUGCUGAAAUGCAAUUUGCUGACAAAGUAUCUGAAUAUGCCUUGACUACCAUGCUUGGUUUAGUAACAAAGUUGAGUCUUUUGUCAUAUGGUAGGCAAUUGCAUUCAUAUAUGUUGAAGAGUGGGAAUAGUUUAAGUAGGUAUUCACUAAGUUCUUUGAUUGUUAUGUAUUCAAAAUGCGGGUGUUUCAGAGAUGCUUGGAGGGUCUUUGAUGGAUCUGAGGUUAGGUUUGUUGACACGGUUUCCAAGAAUACUAUGGUGGCAGCUUGUUUUAGAGAAGGUGAGGUGGAAAUGGCUCGGGAUGUGUUUUCAACUAGGCCACAAUUGAAUGAUGAAGUUUCUUGGAACACAAUGAUUUCAGGUUUUGCCCAAAACGGGUAUGAAGAGGAGGCCAUCCGGUUGUUCAGGAGCAUGAUGGAGGAGGGAUUUAAAUGGAAUGAACACAGUUUUUCUAGCGUUGUAAGUGCUUGUUCUGGUGUGAAGAAUUUGAAACUUGGGAAGGAGAUUCACGCCUCGAUUUUGAAGGAAGGGAUGAGUUUGAAUCCAUUUCUUAGCAGUAGUUUCGUAAAUCUUUAUUGCAAGUGUGGUCUCUUAAAUUAUGCACAUUCUGUUUGUACAACGACUCAGAAAGACAACCCUUUUGCCGUCACACCAUUAAUCGUAGGAUAUUCAGAAACGGGGAAUAUGUUAGAAGCAAGAAGGCUUUUUGACUCAUUGCCUGAUAAGAAUCAUGUAGUAUGGUCUGCUAUGAUAUCUGGAUACGUGAAAGCACAUCAAUGUGAAGAUGCUUUUCAGCUUUUCAGAGAGUUAAUGACACAGAAAACAACUGUUCCUGAUGAACUGAUUUUCAUAAACCUGCUUGGCGCAUGCGCCAUACAUGCAACCUUUAAUUACGGGCAGCAAAUACAUGCCUGUAUACUAAGAAUUGCCACCGCAAUGGAUGCUAAGUUGGCAAAUUCAUUGGUUGAUACAUACUCAAAAAGUGGAAAUGUAGCAUAUGCACAGAGGGUUUUUCAAUUGUCUGUUGAUAGAGAUACUAUCCUGUACAAUAGUAUGAUAGCUGGUUAUGCUCUCCAUGGGUAUGAAAAUGAAGCUAUUCAGCUUUUCAGUCAGAUGACAGAGCAAGGUUUCCAACCUGAUGAAGUCACUUUCCUUGCCCUUCUAUCAGUUUGCAGGCACCGUGGAUUAGUAAAAAUAGGAGAAGAGUAUUUCUUUUCCAUGACCAAAGAUUACAAUAUAUCACCAGGAACUGAUCACUACGCAAGCAUGAUCGAUUUGUAUGGAAGGGCAAAUCAACUUGACAACGCUGUAAGCUUAAUGGAGAUGUUGCCCAUGGAACCAGAUGCUGUAAUUCUGGGCACAUUCCUAAAUGCUUGCAAAAUGAACAGAAAUGCUGAACUUGCAAAAGCUGCAGAGGAUAAGCUAUUGCAAAUUGAAGGAGGGAACGGGUCUAGAUACGCGCAGUUGGCUGGUAUCUAUGCCUCGGAAGGGAAAUGGAAUGAGAUGGGGAGGGUAAUGAAGAUGAUGAGAGGAAGAGAAGCCAAGAAAACUGCGGGUUGCAGUUGGGUAUAUGUAGGAGACACAGUUCAUUCCUUUAUCUCUUGGGAUAAAUCUCACUCGGACAAUGACGCAAUAUAUACUAUUUUAGGAUGUUUGAUCAAAGAAUUAACAAAGCUAUCAGCCACUAUAUUCUUAGAAGAAGAGCUCUGCUCAUAAAAGAAGUGUCAACAAAGGAAUCCCUAGAUAUUUCAAGAAUUUGGUCGACAUCAUGAGAAAGAAUCUCCAUGGCCAACUACCACAUUUUGCCUCUUAUUCUCCACAAAAGAUUGUUAUAGCAUGUCUUUACUGUAAACCUGCCAUCCUUCCAAAGUUUGGCAUUUACUCGAUUUUAAAAUCCUUAAUGAUCCAUGGUUACCGGUGGGACAAUCAUUGUUUAUUCACAGUACCCCCGAUGAAGACUUGUUGGAGUUGCGUGUGGCAGAUAUUAUUGAUUGGGAUACAAGAACUUGGAAUACUCACAAGUUGGAGACACUCUUCUCAAUUGAUGAGAUAGAUUGCAUUAAGUGAAUUCCAUUGGGAUUUACUCUCUGGGAUGAUCAAUGGAUGUGGAAACUUGAUAGGAAAGGACGAUACACCGUCAAAAGUGGGUAUUCAGAGCUGCACAAUGCUACUACACCUAUCCCGAAUGGACAAGUUUGGUGGAA